GUGUUGGCAGAAGAACGAAUAAAUUGGGUGGUGAAAAAGAAAUAAAUAUAUUAUUUGCUAAUUGGAAAGGAAGGACUUGUUAAUAAAUUGGAAUAAUGUCGCCUGUUAAAAAUAAUAUAUGGAAUCAAGCUCCGAAAAUUGUUAUCGAUGACGUUGAUGCGCUAACAAAUCACAAGCCAACACAAGUGUAUCAGACACAAUUGUCGAUUGUUGAAGAAGGUGAAAAUCCAGACUCGCCAACAGAUAAAAAAGAAAAUCUCAAAUUAUUGCAUUCGCUUGAUGACGCUCGUUUAUCAACACCACAGUCAUCGACAGAAAAUAUAACGGGGGGUAAUAGACAUAAUCGACAUUACCUCACCCCAGACUUUGCUGAACAUCACGGUGGUGAGGAAAAGCAUCAACAUAAUAGUUCACGGCGUGGAUCUGUUCAAAUUUUGCAAGAAUUUUUAUCAUCUCGAAGAUCAUCUACAAUAAUGGCAGCACUAAGGCGACCAUCACUAAUGUUAUUUCGAUCAAAACAUGAAGAUCCAAAUGAUCCAGCAAAUAAACCAGAAGCUAUUGAGCAGCGACGUAAAAACAGACGAAUUGGAAAUGAUGCUUUAUCGACAGCUUUAUCAGCAUUAUAUGCAAAAAUUGUUGUUAUUAUCGGAAUCGCUUUACCUAUAACUGAACUUUUAUCACAACGAAUACCUGCUGGAGUCUAUCAGGGAUUUUAUGUUUACUUGUAUUUUGUCAGUAUUUCAUUUGUUGUAUUCAUCUAUGCUGCACAACUCAAGAAUAAAGCUAUGCUGGGAGUCAUUAAAGACUAUCAUGCGAAAUCAGAUGCUGACUAUCAUGCGACUAAGAAACGAGCGCCGCAUUUUGGAAGCUUUUACUUAAGAGUUGGAGCUAUUGCUUUUGGUAUUGGAACUAUGGUUUAUUCAGGGCUGGAAUUGGGGCAAUAUUUCGAAAUGAAUAACAGUGAAAAUGCAGUUUGUAAUAAUCUAUUCAACCUCCUUCAACCAUCUUUCCGUAUGCUUCUGGCGAUCGUUCAGAUUCAGUUCAUAUUCUUAAACACAAAUGAUUUGGACAUGGGAAGUCACAAGGUCAUAUCUAGAUUUGGAUUGAUGCAUAUGGUUGCCACAAACUUAUGUGAAUGGCUUUACACUUUGAUAGAAGAAACAAAGCAUGAAAUUUGGCAUUUAUCACACGAAAGUCACAACAACGAAGGUCAUCAUUCAGAUGCACAUUUUGCAGAACUUUCAGAUCAUCAUAACAUAACAAACUCAACUCAUAACGCAACAGAAGCUGUGCAUGAUAUUGUAAGGAGAUCAGUACAAGUCACACAAAAAUACCAAGAGUGCCAGAGAACAAAUAUUAUGGGAUCCUUAGUUCAAAAUUCAAGUCCCUUCUUAUUCCCAUGUACAAUUGAAUAUUCCUUAAUUUGUGCAGUCAUUCUUUUUGAAAUGUGGAAGAAAGUCAAGUCAAUUCCAGAAAUUAACAAGGCACGAAAAAGUUCAUUAAGAAAUGCAACACAUCCACACAAGAAUGCUUAUCAUUUCUCAAUUGACUGCAGUAAGGCACAGAGAGGAAUGUUUGCAGGAAUUGUAGUCAUCGUAUUAACCAUCAUUAGUCUUAUUAUGUAUUUUGUUUUACACGAUAAAGAAGACUAUCUUCAUUUAGCAAUUAAAGAAGUUACAUACUAUGAAAUUCUAUUAUAUACAGUCACUGGAAGUGCUGUUCUUAUGGCAUUCUUUAAAAUGCGUGACUUGAAAUAUCAUAGACCAUCAGCUAAUGACCAUCAUUCUGACUCAGUUAAACUAGACUGUACUCUACUUGUGCUUGCUGGUCUUGGUGUCUAUGUCUACGGAAUGUUCAGUAUUAUGGGAAGUGUUUUUGCAGUUCAAGACGAUUUGCCAGGCUCCGGAGAAGGACUCGUGGCUGAAAUCUUAAGCUUAGUCGAAGUUUCGCUCCAGACUUUAUUCGUACUGAAUGCAUGUUGGAGGCGAUGUCGGGGUGCUCAACAAAAUCGAACAAAACCGGGACGACAAAUUAUAACAUUCCUACUAGUCGCUAAUAUUUCCAUGUGGUUUAUCAACACAUUAAUAAAGGGUCAUGCUGCAUUUCGACCCACGCAUCUUGAAUUUUUCGGAACGUGGGCUUGGGUAAUCAUAACUCACGUAUCUAUGCCAUUAGCAAUCUUCUACAGAUAUCACUCAACCAUCUGCCUGUUUGAUAUUUGGAAAUCAGCAUACAAAGUCAAAACGGAGCACUGAAUAAAUGUUUUAUUGAUAUAUGUGUAUUAUAUAUGUUUAUAUGAGAGAGUGCCAUUAAAAUUUAAACGAAAAGAAUUGAAAUAUGAAUAA